UUGAGUGCUCAAAGUUUAAAUAAACUGAAGAAAAUGCGUUUAAAGUAUUCGAAAACCCUGCUGGAGGCCCAAGGAAGUGAGAGUCCAAUAGCAGGCAUUAGUUGGUCGCCGAAUAAUAUAAAGCUGGCGAUAGCGACAUGUGACCGAGUGGUGUUGUUAUUCGACCACAACGGAGUGAGAAGAGACAAGUUCAGCACCAAGCCCGCAGAUCCGCAGGCGGGAAGAAAAUCUUAUGUUAUUACAAGUAUAGUCUUCAGUGACAACUCAGAGCUGUUAGGUAUAGCUCAAAGCGACAACAUGGUGUUUGUGUAUCGCGUAGGCUCCGACUGGAACGGCAAGAAGGUCAUUUGCAACAAGUUCCCUCUCUCUGGAUCGCCUCUUCAUUUGCUUCCCGUCGAAAAUGGAUUUUGUACUGGGACUAGUGAUGGGAAGAUAAGGUCAUUGGAUUGCAAAAGUAACAAAAGCUCAAGCCUGUGGACGGCCGGGGCGUGCUGCAUAUCACUCGUGCGCGGCAGCGAAGGUACCAUCGCGUCAGGACAUGUGGACGGGACUAUAUACCUGAAUGGAAGGCUAUUGCUGCGAUAUGCUUUGCCACCCUCAGCUUUGAUAUUGUUGCCGCCUUACUUGAUCGUGGGCUCGUGUGACGGCAGAGUGGCCGUGUAUGAGGCGCAACGCGGUGUUCUCAUUCGCAACAUUGAACCUCAAUUACCUGUGGAUAGACGUGAUCUUAUUGCAGCAGCACCCAGUCCUUCCGGACAGACAGUGGCUUUCGGCAUUUUCGAUGGUUGCCUAAUCGGUGAAGUAAAGGAUUCUGGGGGUGUGGAGUUGUCCACGUUCUCUAUUCCUAAUCUCUAUGCCGCUCGUGCUUUGGCCUGGAGCGGUGACGGCACUAAGUUGGCAAUCGGUUCGCAGACUGGCGCUGUUAUACAGUUGGAAGCUGUGUUGAGACGUUGGGUGUGGCGCGACUCAGUAGAAGUACAGCAUGUCAGCCCCAAGCAGCUAAUACUGACCAGACUGGCUAACGACUCUCCCCCUCUCACUGUUACUACGAAACAUGCUCCGGAUAUCUUCAAUGUACGGUUUAUUGGUAACGAUUGGUAUGCAGUGUGUCGUACAGCUAGUACGUUGAUUUUGUGUGACAUAGCCCGAGGAUUGACUAGCGAGAUAGCAUGGUCGGGUAGCGGUGAGCGAAUCUAUGCGGCCGUCGGUGGAGCCUGUCUUUUGCAUCGGGCUGGAGAACUCAGUGUUGUUGAGUACGGACUCGACAAAAUUCUGCAUACGGUUCGUACAGAAAGAGUGAAUCCCCACGUGUUAAGCGUGCGCAUCAAUGAAGGUACAAGCGAACGUGAACGCGACAGGAAACACCUCGCCUACUUGCUUGAUAGACAAACUAUAGCCGUAGUGGAUCUUACUACUGGUGUGCAACUCGGUCAAUGGUGGCACGAGGCUCGCGUAGAUUGGCUCGAGCUGAACGAAAGUGGGCAACUGCUGCUGUUGAGAGACACAAGGCGAAGACUUCUGCUUUUACGAUUCGAUACGGGUGAAAAGGAGAUAAUCGCAAGCGGCGUCGGGUUUGUGCAGUGGAUUGAAAACAGUGACGCUGUAGUAGCACAAACACCUACUCAUCUUCUCGUUUGGUAUACUGCAUGGGACACAGGCAGCGUAGACAUGGCAGAAUGUGGUGGAGGGAUCGCGGUGGAGGUUACAGCACGAAAAGUGAUCUUCGAAGGUGGUCAGAUGCCUUACUUGCAAUUGGACGAACAUCGGCUUGCUUUCAACAACGCGCUACGCAAUGGUGAUCUAACGGGAUGUGCUAAGUAUUUAGACGGCGUGAGCAGCAAUGCUGACGUAGGCCCCUUAUGGAGGCAGUUGGCAGAGCGCGCUUUAGCUGACGAAGACGUACAGCUAGCAGCGAAAUGCUAUCGUGAAAUUGGUGAUGAAGCUCGUACGUUUUACCUCGAGAAGACUGUGGAGUUAGCUACGGAGGAAGGGAACGGAGAUAGCACUGCUGGUCUCAACAGCCCGGUAAUCCGAGCUCGUCUCGCAAUCUUUGCCGGAGAUCUAUCCACGGCUGAAGACUACUAUGUGAAAAAAGCCAACAGACCAGAACUGGCCAUCAAUAUGUACAAACAGUUCAACCGAUGGACCGAUGCUAUUGCUUUGGCCGAAAGAACCAAUCGACCCGCCGUGACGGGGUUAAAACAACAGCAUAUGGAUUAUUUGACUUCUACUGGGCGUUUAGGAGAAGCCGGUGCAGCAUUAGCUGCUGUUGGCGACUUCCAAGGCGCAGUUCGUUUCUGGUUGAAAGGCGGGCGCGCUAGGCGGGCGGCCAAUCUACUUCUACAACAUCCACAGUUGCUUAGGGACAACGAUAUCGUUGAUUCUGUACAUACGCAACUUAUUCAGGAGGAAUGGUGGGAGAUGGCUGGGGAGAUAUCGGAGAGAAUGGGUGAUACGAAAGCUGCUGUUGAGUACUAUGCCAAAGGGAAUAACUUUGCUAGAGCUGUACAACUUGCACGAGAGGCUUGUCCAGAAGAAGUGACACGUUUAGAAGGGAUGUGGGGCAAUUGGCUAGUAUCGUCUCGACAAGCAGGUGCUGCAGUGCCGCAUCUGAUCGAGGCUGGGGAAACCCGCGCGGCGUUGACCGCCGCAAUCAAGGCUCAUCAUUAUAAGCGGGCUCUACAGAUCGUGCAGGUUAUCGAGGACAAAGAUUCUAUUCGGGAACAAUGCGAACAGUUAGGAGAUCAUUUCAUUUCUAUCCAAGAAUGGGACACAGCAGAACGAGUACUCAGCUCAUGUGGCAUGGCAGAAAGAUGUGUUCGCGCAUACAACACUGCAGGAAAAGUUGCUGAUGGUCUACGUUUAGCUGCACAGCAUCUAUCCGAAGAAGAGACCAGGAACAUUUACUUGCCAUUGGUUAAGCAGUUGAGACAGGAGGGACAGUUAAGGAAGGCUGAACAGAUCUACAUUGGGCUUGGAGAAGCUGAUGAAGCUAUUUCUAUGUAUAAGGAAGCGUCUCAGUAUGAAGCAAUGUUGCGUUUGGUAGCUGCACACCGUAGCUCUCUACUUGAAGCUACCCGACGUCAUGUGGCUCAAGCUUUGCAUGCCUCUGGGGAUCUUAGAGCCGCUGAAAAUUAUUAUAUUCAAGCUGGUGACUGGAAAAGCGCCAUACAAAUGUACCGAUCGGCUGGUCAAUGGGAAGGAGCUGAACGGGUUGCAAGAGCUCAUGCACCAAGUAGCGUCCAACAACAGGUGGCGCUUCAAUGGGCAGCGGCAUUAGGAGGUGCUCCAGCUGCUAGGCUUCUAGCCGCUCGAGGUCUGGCUGCCCUUGGUGCUCGUUGGGCUUUACAAGCUCAAAGAUGUGGCCUUAUUUCACCAAUAGCUAUCACUCUAUUAAUGGCUCUACAUGUCCCACAAAUAGCGACCAGAGCGGCACGGGCUCUACCACGAUACACCGAUAUCACAGUUGCUGACAUCGUAUAUUACGCAUGUGGUGUGGCGGUACGCGCAGAAGGCAGCUCAGGUGUCCGCGAAGCUUUUGUAUUACUGAACAGGAGUCUCGAUCUAGCCGAGGCGGCAGACGACGACUCCGCGCAUUUGCUUGACUUUACUGAUUUCGAAUGUACAGACUGGUCGCGCACGCCUCUCCUGUUGGAUAGUGCGUGUCUGAAAGGUAGUGCUCUAGAAGAGAUUCGUGAGUGGGUGCUUUCUGUGUCCAUGGAUCAAGCAGUUGAACAAACGUUGCCGGUAGAUACUCGCAGCUUAUAUAGUUCGAGCGUAGGUGCAGAAGAAGCAUGUUGUGUACUUACCGGAUUUCCACUUGGUUCGCGACUUGUCACUUUUACAAACGGUCGUUGUGCAAAUCGCGAGUGGUGGUCACGUGCGGUGAACGCGAGUCGCAACGGGGGAACAGUGGCCGCUUUAUUAAAUCAUAUAACCUUCUGGUGCGGCCCGGCGGAUUAUUCACAUAUAUAAGGAAAGCUGUACUAUUUAUACUUUGCUGAAACUUUGAGGGCUUAUUGUACUUAUAAAUGCAAUCUUGUUUUCUCUGUAACGUUUGGAAGUGAUGUAAAUCAUUUUAUCUGAUGUACGUAGAUUACACUAUUAAGUAUUUAAUUGACUUUUCAUUUUGUUUUAAUUUAUAGUGCAUUCGUUUGUUUG